AUGGAAGCAAAUAAAAUUCAAUUAAAUGCUAUUAAACAAGUCUUAUUAAGUAAUGAAAUGAAAUAUGUUAUUGCAACAAUAUUAAAAUUUGUAUUUAGUUUGUUAAAUAACCGUUAUGAAAGAAACAGAAGAUUGUGUGUUAAUUUAAUAGCUUUUGCAAUUGUUUCACUAUUUGGAUAUGGAUUGAAACAAUUAGGCGUAUUAAUACUUAUGUAUAUGGGGAAUUUAGCUUUGUUAAUGCUAAUAAGAUUAUAUGUUUACAAUAGGAGGUAUGUUUAUGUACUAUCAAGUUUUAUCUUAGUUAUAAACGUUUGUUUAAUGAUUGUUUAUCAAAUAUUUUUAGAAGAAUAUUUUGUUGAUAGCAAACUAUUUAGUAUUAAUAGUGAGUUUAACUUCUUAUCAAUUAAAGGGGCCUGGGUUUUAUUAGAAUUUGAUAAGAAAAGACAUGAUUUUAUAGAUGUGCUUAAUUAUUAUUUUUUUAUUCCAGGAUUUAUGACAGGACCUAACUACUCAUUUAAUACUUAUUUACAGGCGAAUGUUAGUGAUAUUAAUAUUAGAUGGAGGAUUUUAAAAGCUCUCACUACCACUUGGAUGUGUGGUAUUUUACACUUAAUAAGUACUUUUAUUAACUUUAAAGAUUUAAUUAGAAAUUCUGAAAGUUUGUUAAAAUUACUUGUGAUAUUAGUAAUUUUUGGUUUUUUUAUUAGAACUAAGUAUUAUUUUGUAUGGCUUAAUUCACACGCAUGUAUGCUUUGUUAUAACAUUGAUAGACUCAAUGUUAGAAUAUCUAAAAUUGAAAAACCUACUUCUAUUAGAUUUAUUUCCCAAAACUGGAAUAUUUCUUAUAAUUUAUACUUUAAGGAAUUUAUAUUUAAACCAAUGUUUCUAUUAAGUAAUAAUAAGACAACAUCUGCUUUUACUUGUUAUGGUGUAUCUGCUUUAUUCCAUUCUAUAAUGCCAUUUGAUAUAGUCUUCUUUUUAUUGUGUGCGGUUAUUUCUUAUUAUCAGCCACUAAUUGAAACAGAUACUUAUUUCGAUAUUCUCACUACCAUUCUUUUCAUAAUCAUCAUUAGUCCUUUUAAGUCUUUGGAAGAUGUUAGAUUCUGUUUUAAGUAUAUUUUUAUGAAAUCAUUAAUGUUUCUUACUUCUUAUUUGUUAUUCUGUGGAUUCGUUAAGAAGUAUCAAAUUAAGACUCGUUUAAUUUCAUUUUAUAACAAAUUAAUAAUUAGAAAAGAAUAA